AUGGCCGUCUAUGCCCUCACGGGCUUCUCGCUCGUCAGCCUGCUCAGCUUUGGCUACUUAUCCUGGGACUGGAUGAAGCCCAGUUUGGUGGCUGAUGUGGCCACGGACCCCAUGGAGAAAUCUCUGCCUCCUGCCUUUGCCAGGCCACCCCACAUCAUCUUCAUCCUGACUGAUGACCAGGGCUACCACGAUGUCGGGUAUCACGGCUCAGAUAUCCAGACGCCGACGCUGGACAGGCUGGCAGCGGAGGGUGUGAAGCUGGAGAACUACUACAUCCAGCCCAUCUGCACCCCGUCCCGGAGCCAGCUGAUAACCGGCAGGUACCAGAUCCACACAGGGCUGCAGCACUCCAUCAUCCGCCCUCGGCAGCCCAACUGCCUGCCCCUUGACCAGGUCACCCUGCCACAGAAGCUGCAGGAAGCGGGCUACUCCACACACAUGGUGGGCAAGUGGCACCUUGGCUUCUACAAGAAGGAGUGCCUGCCCACCCGCCGGGGCUUCGACACCUUCCUGGGGUCCCUGACAGGCAACGUGGACUAUUACACCUACGACAACUGCGACGGGCCGGGCGUCUGCGGCUACGACCUGCACGAAGGGGAGGACGUGGCUUGGGACCAGAGUGGGAAGUACUCCACCUUCCUCUAUGCCCAGCGUGUCAGCAAGAUCCUGGCAUCCCACAGCCCUAAGGAGCCCAUCUUCAUCUACGUGGCCUUCCAGGCGGUCCACACCCCCCUGCAGUCGCCCAAGGAGUACAUCUACCGCUACCGCUCCAUGGGCAACGUCGCUCGCCGCAAGUACGCUGCCAUGGUGACCUGCAUGGACGAGGCGGUGAAGAACAUCACCUGGGCCCUCAAGAAGUAUGGUUAUUACGACAACAGCGUGAUCGUGUUCUCCACUGACAACGGUGGGCAGACCUUCUCCGGGGGAAGCAACUGGCCGCUACGGGGCCGCAAAGGGACGUACUGGGAAGGGGGAGUCCGUGGCAUCGGGUUUGUCCACAGUCCCCUGAUCAAGCGCAAGCGUCGGACAAGCUGGGCACUGGUUCACAUCACAGACUGGUACCCGACUUUGGUCAGCCUGGCCAGGGGCAACCUGAGCAAUGUACCAGGCUUGGAUGGCUACGAUGUCUGGCCUGCCAUCAGUGAGGGCAAGGAGUCACCACGUACUGAAAUCCUGCACAACAUUGACCCCUUGUACAACCAUGCCAAGUAUGGCUCCUUGGAGGAUGGCUUUGGCAUCUGGAACACAGCCGUGCAAGCCUCCAUCCGGGUUGGGGAGUGGAAGCUCCUCACUGGUGACCCGGGGUACAGUGACUGGAUUCCCCCGCAGACCCUGACCAACUUCCCAGGGAGCUGGUGGAACCUGGAGCGUCUCACUGACGGCCUGAGGAAGUCCGUGUGGCUCUUCAACAUCACUGCUGACCCCUACGAGCGCUACGACCUCUCAGAGCAGCGCCCGGAUGUGGUCAGGACCCUCCUGACGAGGUUGGUGCACUACAACCGGACAGCCAUCCCGGUGCGGUACCCUGCGGAGAACCCCCGGGCUCACCCGGACUUCAACGGUGGUGCCUGGGGACCUUGGGCCAGUGAGGAUGACGGGGAGGAGUGGGAAGGCAGCCGGGAGCCCCUGAAGAGUAGGAACAAGAAGAAGAAGUGCAAGAUCUGCAAGCUACGCUCUUUCUUCCGCAAGCUGAACACCAGGCUCAUGUCCAACCGCAUCUGAUGGGAGACUCCCCCAGCAUCGACCCAUCAUGGCCAGGGUGGACUCUGGACUGCACUGUCAUGGGGUGGGAGUGAGGGAGAAGAACAUGUGGGGAGAUGGC